CUCUGGGUGCAUCCAAACAGGUGAUCUGCACCGAUGCCCAGUGCUGCAGGCAUGGCUGUCUCUGUGCUGCGGCUGACAAUUGUCCUGGGACUACUCGCCCUCAUCCUGACUUGCCAGGCCGAUGACAAACCAGAUGACAAGCCAGAUGGCUCGGACAAAAACCCAGAGCCAGAAUUCCCCAAAUUCCUAAACAUCUUGGGCACAGAGAUCAUUGAGAAUGCAGUGGAGUUCAUCCUCCGCUCCAUGACCAGGAGCACAGGAUUUAUGGAAUUUGAUGAUAAACAAGGAGAACAUUCAGCAAAGUGACUUUCCCAGGACACACCCGCAAGGCUCCAGAAUAACCCAAGGGCAGCCAAUCCUGCUUUUCCAGUUCUGCUUCCUGAGUCCUCCAGAACAGAGGCCCCAAAAGCAGCUCCAAGCAAGUUCUCAGAAUUCAGGACCUGGCUCAACCAAACACAACUUACUUUAAACAUCCUGACUUUGCAUUCUUGCCUCUAGAAGUCAGAAUAAAUAUGUCUCCUUAGGGGUCACAUAUCCUAGGUAACUGAGAUUUUUAUUGGUAGUAGUAGUAACUUUCCGGGGCAUAUUUAAUGCCAACAAAUAUAAAAUAUACAGAAGUUAUUAUUAGCCAUCCAAAGAAUGGUUCAAAAUAAGGAAGCUACAGCCCAGAUAAAGUAAUGUGUCCAAAGUCAAAGAACUAGGAAAAGAAAGAAAGGGAAUUUGAACCUGACUCCAAAGAACAAACCCUUCACCCACCAAAAUGUAUGAAGUUUCACAGUUAAAAGCUUCAUAUAUUCUUUUUGGAAAGUCUUUCAAAUACAUCUGAGUCCACUCUCCUGGGCUAGGUAAAUUAAAAACCAACCAUGUUUCAAAGAAACAAACUUACUACAGUUCCAGAGAGUCUUCAUCAUUCUUAUAGAAUAGGAGAGUGUCAGGGAUGGGAGAGUCUGGAAAAGGACCCAUUACACAGAGGCGGGGCCCAGUGGCCACUGUUACGGUACUUGCCAACUUGGUCACAGAGGAUCAAACUCCUGUAUAACCUGAUCCACCUGAGCCAGAAAGAUUCUCCCAGAAUUAUUUAUGUGGCCAGUAGGAACAGACUGAAAUCAUGGAGCAUGAUGAUAAUUAUGGCAGUGCCCUAGAAUAAAGGAUCUCGGUAUUUCUGCUACUGGGUUCUCAAAAGCUGUCCAGCAUCUAGCCUUUCCUAAGCACUCUGAAAGCAACAGCAGUGUUUCAACAAAUCUUUUUUUUUUUUGUAUUGCUUCCUAUUUUAAUAGCCAGAAUAUGUCUACAUACAACACAAAGAACCUUUAAUAAUAGAAAUAACUUUAAUAGUGAACACCUACAAAAUACUGAAAAUUCAUCUAACUCCCUACAAUGUAUUCAGACAAACCACCUUUUGCAUUUUCCAGAGAUUGUUCCAAUUUCUUCUUUUUUUUUACUGAGAUAAAACUGCAUUUAUUCUAAGUAGGUUUAAGGUAUAAACGUGAUCAUUUGAUAUACACGUAUAGUACAAAAUGAUUGUAAGAAUUAGGUUAGUUAACACAUCUAUCACUCACAUAUUUACUAUUUUUUUGGAGUAAAAAUUUUUAAGAUAUACUCUCUUAGCAACUUACAAGCCCAUGAUACAGUAUUAUUAACUACAGUCACCAUACUGCUCCUUAUCAUCCCCAGAAAGUAUUGCUCUAAUAACUGCAAAUUUGUAUCCUUUGACAACCUUCACCUAUUUCCCCCACCACCUUCUGCCCGUGGCAACCAUCAAACUACUGUUUCUCUGAGUUCCAUUUUUUUUGGAUUCCACAUGUAAAUGAGACAAAUACUUUCUCUGCCUGAC